AGGACUUUUAUUUUGCAUGCUCGUAAUCCGGAAGCGUUUAUUCUGUGCUACAUUUUCAAAAUAGCUUAUAAUAGCGAUGAGUUUUAAUUGCUAGUUAUUUAACAAAAAACAAAAAAAUGGCUUCUACAAAAGAAUUAUUACAGAUGGACCUGUACGGUUUACUCGGAGUCGAAGGAAGAGCGACAGAGAAAGAGAUCAAGAAAGCAUACAGACAGAAAGCUUUAUCCUGCCAUCCAGACAAGAACCCAGAUAAUCCCAAGGCUGCUGAGCUCUUCCACCAGCUCUCCCAGGCCCUCGAGGUGCUGACUGAUGCAGCGGCACGGGCGGCCUAUGACAAGAUCUGUGCUGCAAAGAAGCAAGCAGAGGAGAGAAACAACAGACUAGAUGACAAGAGGAAAAAGAUCAAAUUAGACUUAGAGGCUCGUGAACGACAAGCAGAGGCAGAAGUGCAGAAAACAGAGGAAUUCAAAAACACCCGAACGUUAGAAGAAGAAAUUGCCCGCUUGAGAGAAGAGGGCUCCAGACAGCUGCAAGAAGAGCAGAGACUGAUUCGAGAGCAGAUCCAGAAAGAGAGGGAGUGGAGGCUCAAUGCUCACUCCACACAUGCAGAUUUUUCACCAGUGCAGCAAGACAACAGAAAGGUCACCCCUAAAUUAAAGCUGAAGUGGAAGUGUAAAAAAGAUGACGACACCAAUGGAGGUUAUUCUCAAGAAGUUCUCCAAGGCCUCCUUCAGAAGUAUGGUGACAUAUUAAACAUUGUAAUAUCCGGCAAGAAGAAAGGCAGCGCAGUGAUCGAGUUUGCCACUGUAAGAGCAGCGGAACUGGCAUGUAAAAAUGAGUGUGGUUUGAAAGGAAACCCUUUAAAAAUCACAUGGCUGGAGGGACAACCUGAGAGCGCUGCUCCAACGGCGGCCGAUAACUCUACAGCUGGAGUGUUUACUUCAUCACAGACUCCUUUGAGCAACGAAAGGGAUUACGAGAGCCUCGUUUUAAUGCGUAUGAGACAGGCGGCAGAAAGACAGAAACUUAUCGAGGAAAUGCAGCGAGAAGAUGAAGAGGAAGAAGCAGCAAUGACCUGACGACACACUCAACAUCUCUACUUAAACAUAUAAUAACCCUUCAUUACCAUUUUGUGCUUGUUUUUACCCUCGCAUUUUGAAUCCUCACAAAUCAAUAAAGUAUUUUCUUUUGGUAAA